AUGGCAAGCACCAAGAGAUACAAAGAUCUGAAUGAUAUAACUCAGGAGAAUAUGGACACCCUCAUUAUCCUUUGGAUAAUUGCAUUUUGGAUUGCUCUUCUGCUGCAUUAUGAUAAUGUCACAAGAAGGCCUACCUCUAAGUAUCCAGCAGUGUCCUACUUUUGGCAAUUCUUUACUUCUUUAGCAUGGAAUUGCCAAGGACUGGGCACUAGGGAUGCUAAAAGAUACCUUAAUGAUAUGCUCAAUAAGCUUAACCCUGACAUUAUCUUCUUAUCUGAAACUAGACUAAAGAGUGAUAAACUCAAGAAAAUCGUGAAUGAGUUAGGAAUCAGCAAUUUCUGGUAUGUCAAUCCAGGUGGAGCAAGUGGCACUGCUGGUGGAUUAGCAUUAAUAUGGAAAACCAAUGUAUCUCUAGAGAUAUUAGACUGCUCAAUUAACCAUCUCAAUGCUAAAAUCAGCAUUUCCAAUAGCCCCAUUUGGUUAUUUACAGGUUACUAUGGUAACCCUUAUAACACCACUUCCAAGCUCCACUCUUGGCAAAAGCUUGAAACCACUGCUGUCUCUAAUAAGUUACCUUGGCUGCACACAUCCAUAGAUGCUAAUGAAGCCUCUGCAUUCAAUGAAAAUAUCCUGAAUUUAGAUCUUACUGAUCUUGGUUUUACUGGUUGUCCUUUCACUUGGUCAAAUAAAAGAAAGGGCCAUGCUCUUACUGAACAAAGGUUGGAUAGAGGUCUAGCUAAUGAUGAUUGGAUUGCUAUUUUUCCAAAUACCACUAUUACUAAUUUGUUGGCUAUUGGGUCUGAUCACCACCCAAUCUUACUUAACUCAAAUCCCCACAGCAAAAAUGGUAAGAUUCCUUUCAAAUUUUUUGGACCAUGGUUAGAUCAUGAAGAUUGCAGGAAAAUUAUUGCUGAAUGCUGGAAAAAAUACACCCAUGGCUCAAGUGCUUUUUCUAUAGCUAGAAAGCUUAAAAACAUAAAGCUAAAUAUCGGAGUCUGGAACAAGGAGGUCUAUGGCAAUAUCAAAACCAACAUAGAUGAAUGCAAGCAACACUUAACCUGGCUCCAUACUUACUACUUCGGGGAAGACAGAGGACAGACUCUAGUUGAUGCUAGAGAACAACUUAAAAAAUGGCAAGACAUAGAAGAGAAAUUCUGGAAAACCAAUAGCAGAGAUCAACUUAUCAAGAUAGGAGAUCAUAACAAAAGUUACUUCACUACAUCAUUUUUAGGGAUUCGCAACCCAGGGUUUGUUAAGAUUGAAGAACUGAAGUACUUUGGAGAUCUGAAGAACAUUGAAGGUAUAAGUUUGAUAUAUUGUUCUAUGUUAACUUUCUUAGGGAUUUUGAGUUCAUCAGAGUUUGAAGAAGAAGGAAGAACUAAGAAGCCUAAAAUUUCUACUGAUAAGUUAGAUGUCUUCGAACAACAAUCUCAGCAGGGUGUUAUUGGAUUUGAUAAGCGGACAACAGAGGGUAUUUUUCUUGGGUUGAUUAAUCUCAGUAAGCAUGAUAAAAAUGGUCCUAGUGGUGAACCUAAGGCCUUCGAGAACCCUACCGCUGGGACUCAGUUGAAGCUACAUACUAUGGUCUGUACAUCUCCUUACACUUACGAUAUGAGAAGGAUAUGCUUGCUUUCGAUGGAUGCACACAUGAGAGAACACCCCACUCUCGUGCCGACUUUUUCACAGGAAAAAAUAGCAUCAGUUGAGGAACUUGAUUACAUUGUGUCGGUUGAAAGUGAUGUUUUUAUUCCUUCAUACUCUGGAAACAUAGCAAGGGCAGUUGAGGGACACAGGAUUUUUCUGGUGCAUAGAAAAAUAUUUUCUCCCGACAGAAAGGCUCUCGUGCAUCUGUUUGAUAGAGUAGAAUGA